AUGGUCGUGGCGGCCGGUCUUGGUGGCAGCGCUGGCCUGCGGUCGCAAAGCUCCAAAAAGACUUCGGCGCUAGGCGACUUUCUACGCAUGAGUGCGAGCGUGCCCAGGUUCACAAGCUUUCGUCCCAAGCCCAAGCCGCUAGCACCACCACCACCACCUCCUCCGGAGAAACCUCGGGAUCAAGAGAGCAAACACAAGCACCACACAUCAUCCAGGCACCGAGUCAAGACACCGCCGCCGCGCGCGACGCAAGACCGCAAGCCUCACGCCAAUGCACAAACGUCCACGUCCAGAGCCUGCUUCAGCGACCGCCGAGGUGACGCCGACAUCAUCAAGUAUGGCACCCUGAACCCCUACGACGUGCCCACCUAUCGCCGCUGCGGCUACGGCCAUGUCCUUGGCCUUUCCGGUCAAAAGAUGGACCGCGAGCACUCCACCGAGAAGAACAUCUGCAUGACACCGCUCGUGCGCCAACGACAAACCCGAUGGCUCACCGACAGACACGCCAUCAAAGCGAGCAAGCGUGCACUGCGUCUCGUCAAAGUCGCCGAGGCUUCUCCUUUCGAUCAAGAGGCUGCUUUCAUUUCGCUCUCUGCCACCCGCAAACGAAAGCGAGUCCCCGAUGCUGACUGCGAAUCUGACCGAAAUCUGGCUCCCGAGCUGGACUAUCGUGGCAUGGCCGAAAAGCUCGACCCUGACAAAGCUGAUGAUCCAGACACGUACUACGAGUCCGACACGGAGGCCGCCAGCGCCCACUCGGAGACCACCAAGAGGAAUGCUGACCUCAUCCGAGCCACCCGGGACAACCCACACGACCUCCAGGCCUGGCUAGACCUGGUCCAGCACCAGGAACCGAUGAUGAAGCUGGACCGUGCCGUCGAAGAACUAACAACAUCCGACAAGCAAAACCUGGCUGACGUGCGCAUAGCUACCUACAAAGAAGCUCUGCGCAAGGUUGGCGACAACGAAGCCAGUCAGAUCGAGCUCCACACGAAGCUCUUGUCAGAAGCGCAGGCGCACUGGGACAGUGAGAAACUCGCGGCCAAAUGGCAACAUGUGCUCAGCAAACAUCCUCGCAGUGUCGUGCUCUGGUUCGGAUAUCUUGACUUUGCUCAAUCCACAUUUACAAAGUUCAAGUACGAGGACUGUCGCCUACUUGUCCGCGAAGCCCUUGCAGCACUAGGUACACAGAGCCCGUCAAAUCACUCGGCCACCCCGGAAGCUAGACUGCACUUGUUGGCGCGUCUGACUAGGAUGGCCCAAGAAGCCGGCUACCAGGAGCUUGCAUUGGCCAUCUGGCAGGCCAUCUUCGAGUUCAGUCUACUAACCCCACCCCAUCUCACCGCAGACAAGCUGCAGCAGUUUGAAGAAUUCUGGGAGAGUGAGGCACCCCGCAUCGGCGAGCCUGGCAGCAAAGGCUGGCGGCAUACAUCGAUCGACGAUGCGGCUCCUCCCGUGUGCUCAAUCACCUUGGCAUCACCCGGUCCCUCAGGUCGUGUGUGGGAGGGGUUUCAAGAACGUGAAGUUGAACACAUGAGCAAGCUUCGCUACCCCGGCCGCUCCACAGAUGACGUCGCCGAAGAGGACCCGUUCCACGCAAUCUUCUUCUCGGACCUGAAGGAAUACGUCACCGCCGUACCUACGGUCCCGGCUGAGCUGCUGGUAGACGCGUUCUUGUCUUUCUGCGGAUUGCCUGGCCUGGCUAGCACUACCCCUGCUGAGGCCUGGAGGGCCGAUCCAUUCAUGCGGAACAGAGCGUCUUACUCCAACACCACAGCCGAGAUGGACUCGGGAGGUCUCUUGUACCAGGAUGCGCUCUCGCGGUACUCCCAAUGUCCACUUGCUAGUUUCCAAAUGACAAAUCAUCUCCUAGUCCAGCAGCCGUUCUCUCUCGACACCUCCAGGCUCAGUCCGGACUUUGUCAGGAACCUCCUAAAGCUAUUGGCAACAAACCUUCCUGAACACGAGCUCAUUAGCGAGUACCUCCUGGCUUUUGAGUACAAGCAUUUUCCAGAUGAGGUGGCCAAGACUGCAAAACAGCUGCUUAAGGAGCGACCUUCGAGUCUCCGGCUCUACAACAUGUAUGGGCUGAUGGAAAGCCACAAGGGCAACUCCGCCAAGGCCAACCAAGUCUUUGGCGCCGCACUCAACAUAAACACUGCUUCCGCAGACGGCUUGGAGCUCUUGAGUAGCUACAUCUGGCAGGCUCUACUCACAGGAGAUACGGGUGAGGCGCUCUGGCGAAUUGUACGACACGAGGGCCAGCUCCCACACGUCCGGACGAUGCAGCCCGACUCCCAUCUCCUCGAGAAGACUCGCACUGCGUUGCAGGUUUCACUCGAGGACACACUCGUCAAGAAAGACUACGCAUCGGCGGUACUCAACACAGCCCUCCUUGCGCUUCUCACUUAUCUUUCCAGGAAGUGUGAUGCGAUGGCUGCCUUGGAAAUACACAACAACCUCAUCUCGUGGUUCGCCUCACACACGCUCUCCAGCUCAGCCCACGCGGAAGUUCACGCACAAGCCCUGGCGCGCUUACUCACCUAUCACGUUACUCACACCCCGAUCAUGAAGCCCGCGCUUCUCCGCACAGCCCUCGAACCGCUGAUUGCCACAUUCCCCGACAACACGAUCCUCCUGUCGACCUACGCCGCCAACGAAGCUCGGUUCACCAUCGAUGACCGUGUGCGCGGUAACAUGCACCGCGUGCUGAACACCUCGUCUGCUGCGAGUGUCGUAACAUGGGCUUUUGCAGUCCAUCACGAGACCUUGAGAGGCGAGAUGGCAGGCUCUACUUCACACUCUAUACGUGCUCUGUACAAGCGUGCCACAGAUCUCGACGCCAGCGGUGUGCACUGUCCGGCCCUUUGGAGGAUGUAUCUACUGUUUGAAGUUCAGCAAUUGAUCAAGGAGCAGACUCUGCGGCCGAACAGGAGACCGCGUCGGGACAACAAGAAGAGCAAGUGGGAGAGCCGAGUGGAAGAGGCCGAGAAUAGGGUUAGAGACACCUUUUACCAGGGCUUGAAGAUGUUGCCGUGGUGCAAGGACUACAUUAUGCUAGCAUUCACCGACGCAAGGGAAGUGUUCACCGAAGAGGAGCUGUGGAGGCUGUACAGGGUGAUGAUGGAGAAAGAGCUGAGAGUGCACACCGAGCUUGACGAGCCGGACACUUGA